AAUUUUGACUGCUUAAAACUGCAUAGAAUAAUUUGUUCAUUGUAUAGCUUGUGUUUAGUCUCUUCAAAUACAUAUUAACUCUCACGCACACCCGUUGGAAUUUCUCGUUAAUAAUUAUCAGACAAUACUGCUUUGAUUAGUGUUACUGUUAGUCUUUAUUUUCAUCUAAAAGUGUUAGGAAAUCGAAAUAGGAAAUGCAAUGGAGACUGAGUUGAAGUGUCGCUUGUUCUGUACUUCAAUAUCAAUGGCUUCGAAAAAGUUAGAGGAAGUAGAGUCAGGAAACACUUUAUCAGGGAGCAAUUCAAUUCCGCUUAAUUCACCAUGUGGAACAUGGAAAACGCAUCCUAUUGAGGUUUUUCAGAAGAGAUUAAGCUCUAACGUUAAAAAAACUAAGACGACUUCAAAGUCGGUCAUCACUUUGUUUCCGCAAAAUGUAUCACCGAUUGCAAUAAAAUGCCAUUUUUAUUUUAAUAAUGGCUAGUAGGUGAAAGAUAUAUGCAAGUAUAAGAAGCUCUUGAUUUCAGUGCAUAGAUUGUGGUUGAAAAUGUAAGUGGUUUUUAUAUGCGUUGCACAGGUUAUUGGAUAGAUCCCAUUUCCGUCGUCGAUUAUUCUAUAAAUUCUCUCGCUACUUCAGUUAUAGAAUAACUCAUGCGGUCCAACAUUUUUUACAAUGAAAAACAAAUUAGUUAAAACAAAAUUUAGGCGCGAAUGAUUCUCUAAAAGGCAAAUUCUCAAGUUCCUGUUAUAAAUAGAUAAAAAUACCAUUUCUUUAGGUGUUAACUUUCGUAAACCAUAAGAAACUUAAAUGUAUUUUCUAAGCUACAUAAAAUAAAUUGUUUCACGCCUAGCAUUGUUUUGUGAAUGCUGCAUUUAAUGAUUACAGUCCAGGAUUCAGUGAAAUGAAAGCGACUUGAAUUCUAAAUAUCAAUCAAUAUAAUUAUACAUUUUGAGUUUAAAUAUAACUUGUCCUGUAACAUACGUUUCCUUGCUGUCAAAGGUUAUAUGUCCUCUCGAAAUACUUCUAAUUGUAUUACAUAGUCAACUUUAAAUUGAUAGUUACAAAACGUAGGCAAAACACAAAUAAAUGGAGGUUGUUUCUGUGGUGGAAGCAAAAUGAUUGUAUGUGUAAAUACCAUGAACGACAAAAUCAAAUAUUUUAUGGGAAUAAUAAAUUUUAUGUGGUUGAUUACUUCUAUUUAGGUCAUGAAAUAUUUUUCUCCCCAUAAUAGCUUCGUUGGUCGCUAUUUUGUCUUUUAUGUUGUGGCGAAAUUAGUGUCCCUUAGAAACGAUUACAGAGUUCACGUCAAUGUUUUCCAAAUUUAACUAGGUCGAUGCAAACAAGGGGAUAAUAUUUAGAAGAAAAUAAAGAUAGAUUACUUGUAAAGGCGUAAUCCAUGAAUUGUUUCUAAUUCAUAUUUGUGACAGUUGUUAAUCAAGUAAGGCAUAAGUUCUGCGCUAAAAUGUAUAAAUACAGAUGACAUCAUUUUUGAAGCACAGGAUUAUUGUCAGAAUGCAUUUCUCAAUACUCCUAAAUCUUUAAAACAUUUGGUUGUGAUUAUUAAGUAAUGUAUGUUAAAUAAAGUUGGAUGUACUACUAAAGUGACGAUUGUAGCUUCAUGUGCGUCCUACGGUUAUGGUUGUCAUAUCUCUGCCAUGGAAAGUGCAGUAAAUAGUUUAAGAAGCAAUAUUCAGUCUAUUACCUGACUUCACAGGUUUACUCCAAUAAAUGUUGAUAUUUGUUACUGUUGGAAGAUGUACUGAGUGUGGUAGUAGUUAUGAAGUCUAUCCGGGCUAUUGUACCAUAUCGAUAUAUGUGAGUUACUUUCUGAAUCUCAGUAGCCAUGAGAAGUCAUCAUAUUUAUAGUUUUAAACCUGAUAGUAGGCCAAAUUUUAGGAUUCAGUGAUUAUAAUUUAGUUUUAAGAUUCAUAUAGGUGUCUACAAACAAAAAAGUCAUACGAAGGCAAUUUGUCGAUUAAAAAAGGGUUCUGAAUAUGCUUUUAUAUGGAUUCUUGAUUACGUGGACUAUCGAAAAGGCCAUAGUAUUUGAAUAUAACUAGCCUUAAGCAGGAUUAACAUGUGUGCAAACUACUUAAUUCAGUUUUAUAUGAUGUUUAAUACGGAGAUUGUAAAAUAUCCCUUUACCUUUAUUUUCUAUCAACACCAUAAAUUAUGUUUUCAGGCUUUGUUAAUUAUAUCAAUAGAAUUCAAUAAUUGAGCUAAAUUAUUUUUGCUUGUAGUAUAAACCUUGUCAAUUUGCCGAUUUUAGUCCAUAAAUUUCACCCUGUUAGGUUUCAUAGGAACGAAUAAAAGACACGAAAAGACAACAGCAUCCAUUUAGGAAAUACGCAGUUAGGUUAUUUAGAUGUUAUAAGAUUGUUAUGCAGUUGUCUCAACCCUGUUUAAUUCACUUAGAUAUCCAUCUUUUAUAUUUUCUCUAAAAUUAGGGAGUUUUAUCGACGACAGGAUGAACAUAUUCGUGAGUUGGAGAAGAUAGCAACCAUUAUGGAGGCAGAAACCUCUGAUGUAGAGAUAACGUCCAAUCACUAUUCUAUUAGGCGGCAAACGCGAAUUAAUACAAUGAUUAUUAGUAUUGUAUUUUGUGCCAACGUGGUACUUUUAUUGGGUAAAGCUGUAGCAUCUGCAUUAUCAGGGUCAUUAGCAAUCAUAUCAUCUUUGUUAGACAGUUGUGUUGAUUUGGCUUCCGGUGGAAUCAUGUGGUUCGCUGCUCGUCAAAUGCGUAAAAGGAAGCCAUACAAAUACCCAGAAGGGAGAACAAGGCUUGAACCAUUAGCAGUAAUUGUACUCUCUGUAUUUAUGGGUAGCAUUUCUAUACAACUUCUAGCUGAAUCUAUACAAGCCAUUGUUCGUAUGUCACAAAAUAAUCAAGAAGCACCAAACGUUAAUGAUUUAGCUUUGGGAAUAAUGGCAUCCGUAAUUGUGACUAAACUAAUCCUAUGGAUUGUUUGUUUUAAAUAUGGUGCUGGAAUGGCUAUCGAUGCUCUUAAAACCGAUCAACGUAAUGAUAUACUUACAAAUGCUGCAUCAAUUUUAUUUAGUGGUCUUGCUGGACGUUUACCUAAUUUACUAGGACAAAAACAAUACGAAAAUCUUAAGUAUUUAGAUCCCGUUGGAGCUAUACUUAUUGGUUCUUAUAUUUUGUAUUCUUGGUAUCAACUUGGUGCUGAACAGAUACGUAAUCUAGCUGGUCAUACAGCUAGUCCAAGCUUUAUUCAAAAGAUUGCGUUCGUUUGUCUUAAUUAUCAUCCGUUGAUUGAACAAUUGGAUACCAUUAGAGCAUUUCAUUUUGGUGAAAACUUCUUGGUUGAAGUUGAUAUUGUAUUACCUAAAGAAAUGUGUCUUAAAGAAGCUCAUGAUAUUGGUGAAGGAUUACAAAAGAAAUUAGAAAAAUUAGAAACAGUUGAACGAGCUUUUGUACAUUUAGAUUAUGAAUUUUCACAUCGUCCAGAAACUGAGCAUAAAAUAGUUUAGAAGAGAAGAAAGAAAUUUCAUUGCAUCCUAUUUUUUUUAAAAAACAGUUUAAAGUGUACACAUACAUAUGACAUGUAUCUAGAAUAAUUUGCUAGAUUUUUUUCUUUAAGAAUUUCAUUUCAGAGACUUUCAUAUGCUAUUCCAUUGUUUUUUUCUUUUUAGUCAUUUCAUCCAUUUUAUAUUUGACCGACACAUAUUUAUUUUCUGUGCAGAUUUACUAACAUACAAUCAAUAUUAAACAUUUUGUAUUAUUACAUAAUAAACCAUAAUAGUCAAAUAAAACCAAUAAUAAUUAUGUUAAUUAAUUUAUAAAAUAUAAUGAAGUGUGUUUUUUUUUUAACAGCAAAGAUAAUCUAUGCCAAUAAUAAAGCAUUGACUCCAAAUUAAUUAAUAUUAUUAUUGAUAUUGAAACUAUUGAACUUAUAUUACUGUUUAUCCACAGUUUUACUAUAUACAUGAUGAAUAAGUUUAUUUAUUAGAGUUUAUAUAUAUAUUAAAAUUGUCGCUAGAUUAUAGUUUUUUGUUAUAAAGAAGAAGAAAAACAAAAUUAUUAGAAGACAAUUUAAAUGUUAAUUGGCGUUUGUGUGUGUGAGUGUGUAUUGUGAUUUUGUUAUUUUGUUUACUUUUACUGUUUAUCUAAAUAGUCCAUCUAAUUGUUAAUGUCAAAAUCUUUUUUUUUUCUUCAAAGAUAGAUAUUACCGAAUUUUUCAUUAAUUUAUAUUUUCCAUUCAUAUAACUUGAUACAAUUAUAUUUUUGAUUAUUAUUUAGUUGGUUUUUUUUUAAAAAAAAAUUAGUUGACUAACUAUUUUCCCAACUGAGCAAUAAGGAAGAUUUAUUUGUGUUAUUUUCUUGAACACAUUAAGAAUAACCUUCCUACCAUCUGAAUUCUUUUAUGAUAUUUAUUUUUAUGUUGAAGUGCUUGCUCUUUUAAAUCUGUAAUUAAAACAUCAGAAUGUCAAAUAAAUGAUUAUC